AUGGGCAACUCAUCCCCCGCUGAAGCUGCACCGGCUUACGAGGACCUCUUCCACGAACGGCCCGGCGGCCGCACUGGCUAUGCGAUGGUCGGUCAAAUCGACGACACAGCCGAUGUAGACAUCGAGCAAGCCCACCAACACACACAUGGACAUCAAAAUGCCGAAGAUCCAUCUUCGAUCCCACUGUCGACGCAGGAGAAUCAACAUUCCCACUGUGCUGAAUGCGACCGUCAACGGGAGCGGAGAGAGCGACGAGAGAGUGCACACAAGUCCUGUGGUAUCGUGUCCAGGACUUUCAUUCUUAUUUUCUUCUUUUUGAUGAUUUUGGGUGUUGUUGGGAUCCAGGCGUGGAAGGAAGUUAAGAUUCGGGAUGAUUGA